AUGACAACGUCAAAAACGAUUAACGAGUGACGCAUCGCGGGGUAUCGCCCUACUUGUUUCGGAAAAUAAAUCGAAAUAUUACAAUCUGGCAUAUUUUAAUUACUAAUAUAAUUAUAACUAAACAUUGCCUAACAAACGUUGGUAAUAACUAUUGCAGUUGGAAUGUCCUCAACUUGCCAGUGAGAAGUGAAACUGUGCGUUUACGUGUAAUUAAAAAACCGGCUUGGAAAGAUGUGGAAAGCGGCAACAGACGUCGCUCCCCCAGCGAUGCCUGAGGCCGAUGACUGGGAGACAGAUCCUGAUUUUGUGAACGAUGUCACAGAACAUGAACAACGAUGGGGACCGGGAGGACGAAAUGUGGAGGCUAUUGACAUGGCGAAGCUGAGAGAGGAGGUGUUGGAAGCUGACUCUCAGAUAAAGAAGAAGCAGUAUGAGGCUGGACCCAAACCCUCUUUCGGUUACGGAGGUAAAUUCGGCGUACAAGAGGACCGCAUGGACAAGUCCGCGGUCGGACACGACUAUGUCGGCAAGACUGAGAAACAUGUCUCGCAGAAGGAUUAUGCUCAAGGUUUCGGCGGUAAAUACGGCGUGCAAGCGGACCGCAUGGACAAGUCGGCGGUGGGGCACGACUACGUGGCCAAGGUGGAGAAGCACGUCUCCCAGACCGACUACGCGCAGGGCUUCGGGGGCAAGUACGGGGUGCAGACUGACAGGGUGGAUAAGAGCGCAGCAGGUUGGGAGCACAAAGAGCAGAUAGAGAAGCACUCCUCCCAGAAGGACUACUCGCACGGCUUCGGAGGGAAGUUCGGGGUCCAAGCCGACAGGAAGGACGCCUCCGCUGUAGGCUGGGAUCACAGAGAGGACUCGCAGCACCAUCAGUCACAGAAAGACUACGCGAUCGGUUUCGGAGGUAAGUACGGCGUGCAGACGGACAGACAGGACGCGUCCGCCGUGGGCUGGGACCACCAGGAGAAGACGCAGGCACACGCUAGUCAAGUCGAUCACAAGAAGGGUUUCGGUGGUAAAUUCGGAGUGGAGACUGACAGAGUGGAUAAGUCAGCUCACCGGUUCGAUGAGGUGGAGAAGGUCGGCACCAACUAUACCAAGCAGAAGCCGGACAUCGGCGCCGCCAAGCCAUCCUCGCUGAGGGCCAAGUUUGAAAAUAUGGCCAAGGAAAAGGAACAGGAAGCGCUACAAUCGGUACAGAGGAUAAGGCAACAAAGAGAGGCUAUGGAUAAAGACUUAUCGCAGAAGGAAAAGGUCCGGCUAGACAAAGAAAAGGCAGACGAGCCCGAGCCGGAGACAGAACCCGCGCCCCCCGCCAAGGUGCCAGGCAAGCUCGCCAACAGACAACCUGUACUACCGACUGCGUCGCCCGAGGUUGUCGAGCCUCCCUCGCCUACUGUGCAAAAGGCUAUGCCUGAGGCACCGGCUAGUGUAGCUAGUGUAGCUGCGCCUACGUCGGCGGAAGUGACGACACCUACUGACAAACAGCCGAACUUGCCGGAUGUGACGCUUGUAGGGGAACCUAAGGAGGACAAGGAAGAGAUGAGUCGCCAACCAACAAUAGUGGUGUCCCCGGUGGGGUGGGAGAGUGAGAUGGCGGGGGAGGGCGAGUUGGAGGCGGAGGACGAGGACGGGUACACGGCGCGCGCGCUCUACGACUACCAGGCCGCCGCGCCCGACGAGAUCUCCUUCGACCCCGAUGAUAUUAUCACUAAUAUUGUUAUGAUUGACGAGGGCUGGUGGCAAGGCCUGUGCAAGGGCGCGUACGGCCUGUUCCCGGCGAACUACGUGCAACUGCAAGACAAGUGAGACAUUCCCACGUAACAAUAGAUACAGAUACAUACUAACACUAAAUACCCGAUGUUCAGAAACCUGAUGAAGGGUGCGAUCAAGUAUUACGUUACGCAAAUUAGGGGAGGGGUUUUGUAAUACGUUACGAUGCGUUACUGGGCGGGAGGGGGUUUUUCUUAUAACACGUUACGUAACAUACAAAUUUGAGUUAAGUGUUACGUAAUGUUCAGAGAGCGGAGGGGGUGUCAAAAAUCUUAAAAAAAUGUGCUACGUAUUACUUGGACGUACCCCAAAUCUGUUAAAACCAUUGAAUACUUUGUUAAAUUAAAGAAAAUGUUGAAAUUCGGAAUUUAUAAAAGAUAUCAGAUGUUUUAGUAGUAAUGUGGUUUCGUAUCUUUUUACGGCCGAUGAUAAUCCGAAAUAUUUGGAUCAAUCUAGGUUCUUGACAGAAAUUAAUUGAUAGAUUUUGACAGCAAUUUUGACAGCAUUAUUAUUAAAAGCCAGUUAUUGAUAUCAAAAUUUGGUCACAAAAUAACAUUUUCUGUUAGGUUGUGUGUUAAAACCACAAAUGUUAUAUUAUAAGGUUACUUUAAAAACCAGAGUCUAUUUUAAAUGUAUAAUCAAAAAAUCUUAUUUUAAAAAUUAUGCUCGAAAAUCUACGCUAUGCUAAAAUAGAACCUAAGUGAAGUAGACAUAGAAGCGAUUAUCCGCUAGCAAAUCAUUGGACUUAAGCUCUUAGUAGCAUGCAACUUAGGCAUUUCAGCCGUUCAGUAUCUUCAGUAUGAGAUAUCGCUAGAUGAAAACUAAUGUAUUUAAAUAAAAAUAUAUACAUUAGAUACUGUUAUAAAAGACUUUAAUUUUGAUAUACGAUUAACUUUGAUGAUUAUUAUUAAUUAUUGUAUUGACUGGUAAUAUUUACAGUAAAAAUAUGAUAAUAACCAAAGAAUUAUCUGAUGUCACUUGUAUUAAUAUUAGCUGUGGCAACACGUGAUAGUUGACAGAAGUCGCACAUAAACGAUCGACGAACAAAUUAACGGAUGACGUCAUAAAUCCUACAUCGCACAUAUGAAGUUUAUAUGCGAAUAAACGUGGAUAGAAAAUCCUAAAGAACAAUAAUUAGGCAGAAAGCCCGCCAGGCACGAUCACCUCGCCUGGAGGAUUCUCCUUUUCUUAGUGAACUUUAUCCCUUAUGUUCCCUUAAACCUAUUUAAAAGGCAUAGAAAAACUUAUUCUUACAAGAAUUUAGUUAACAACUUCUCUGUAAAUGCCAAUUUCAACGACUUUUAGUAAAAUUAAAAAUAAAUUAUUUAAAUCACUUUCUUCAUUCCAAUAAAUAAUUAUUACAACUGUAAAUAUUACCAGUACUUGCGCAAAUAAAAUCUUGUACGUUAUGAAUUUAGCGCAUUUAGCGCAAAGUGAGACAAUGAUUUGCGCAACGAUGCUGUUAUUGUUUAAGUGUAGUCACUUGUAGCAGUAAUGGACAAGAUUUUUAAUGCGCUUUAGAAUUAGAAAUGGGGUAGGCAGAAUUGUGAAAUCUUUCACCAAAGUAUUUUAGAAAAUUGUAAUAAACUGAGAUGUUUAUUGCUAAAUGAAAUAAAUAAGACUUGUAGGUUAACGACAUUGCUUUGACAAAAGUAAAACAUAGCAAUGUAGUCAUCAUCAUCAUCAGCCUAUAAGCGGCCACUGCUGAUCAAAAGCCUCUCCUCAAACGGAGAAGGUUUGAGCAUUAAUCACCAUGCUUGCUCAAUGAGAGUUGGUAGCAAUGUAGUAAACUAAUAGAAAUUAAUGAAAUUGUAGCCAAAAUAAAACCAUAAUAGUCAAGGAAGUCAUGAUUCCACAAUGACGAUACAAAAUUAUUUUGAAUGACUUUCUAAUAGAGGCUUUACAUUAUGUUAUGUACUUGUAAGAUCUUACAACUCUGCCUACCCCCUAGCAACUAAGUAAAAUACUUGACGACGUACUUAUGAAAUGAGAUAACGCGAGAAACCUCACUAUUUCGACAUAAGGUGAAUUUGAAUUAUUUUGUAGCGAACGCCUAGAUACCAACAGAGGUAGAGUAACCUAUCUUAUGACUUAUGAACGUUGCUUUAAGGUCUAAAUUAGCGUGAACUUUAAACUAAACGUAAUUUACGAAAUGUACAACCUAUAUUCGACUUUAUGUAAAAGGCGUUUAAGCUUAUUUUGCUAUAAACGAGUAUCAAACAUUCGUUUCUCAAUAGUAUAAGAUAAUAUAUGUAUCGUCUUCCAAAACCUACCUCUACGCAUCGACUUUAAUUUGGAAUGCAAUGCAUUUUGCACUCUAUUGACACUCGUACUGCAGUACUAACGUACCUUAUGUGGUACGGAAGUAAUAAGGUUCAUAUUUGAAUUCUAGUAUUGCUGUAACGGUAAAUUAUAUGAAUUUAAAUCAUGACAUGGAAUGUUGCAUUUUUAAAAUUGACCAUGAAAUGUGAAAUAAAAAAUAUAUAAGUGCCAGGUACUUUAAAUAUAAAGGUGUGAGGUUUUCAGCCUCAGAAACUAUAUUUACUUUGGUAAUAUUCAUACGGCUUACUCAAAUCACUGUUUUACGAGGACAUCUAACUACAGUAGGACCUCUUUAAUCCGAACACUCUCUAGUCCGAACACCUCUGUAAUCCGAACCCCCGACCCGAGUCCGCGCUGUCUCGCUCUCGCCCGCCAGUUACUUUCCGAACGUCAAAAUACGGGAUUUCUUCAAAAAUGUUGAAUAAAAUAUGUAACGUUUAUAUAUUAAUACAAAUAUUGUAUUAUGUAUGUACCUAUUAUGUAGUUUUAUUCGCAAAAAAUACCCUUAUCAUCUAUAUCCCUGUAAUCCGAACGCUCCACCAAUCCGAACGGGGGCAAAAUUUUCAGAGUUCGGAUUAAAGAGGUCCUGCUGUAGUUUCGAGCUCAACCGAAGUCUUUAAUAUUAGUAACAUCAUUUAUAUGUCUCAUGCGUAGCAUGAAUAAGUCCUAUGAACAUUAACUUUUUAAAUUUAGUGUAUUAAAGUGUAACCUGGCAUUUAUAUAUUUAAUCAUAAAUCAUUUUGUAUUAGCAAUUAAUUUAUCUUUGCACCUUAUAAUGUCAAGUUAGUAUUUUAAUAUAUCCCUCAUUUAAUUUCACGUAAUUAUAAUUCAUAUCCUAUUAUAAUAUAUAGAUUAAAAAGAUAGUCAUUAUGAAAAUUAGUCCCAAAAUUAUAUAAUAAAAAAAAAUAUAAAGUUAUUUCUAUGCAUUUAAUUUGGUCUGUAAUUAUAAGUUAAUAUUUUAAUUGCGCUUCGAAAUGUAAUAUUAAAAUUUCAGUGAAAUUAUUUGUAAUUUGAAAAAUAAUGGUAUUUUUGCAAUUAAUUUGUAUUGUAUAGGAAUAUUACACCAACAGAGUUGUUUGUGGAUGUGUUUAUACAAAUGUUGACAUUUGACAGUAUGGAUAUUUCACUUCGCAGUGUCACAAAUGUAUAAGAAAAUGGCUCCUUCAUAUCACUGAUGUAUAAAACCCUUUAUAUAAAAAUAUAUAAACAUUUCCCUUAAAUAUUUGAGUAAGUAGGUUUACCUGUAUUUCUUUAAUCGUUGCCCUACAUUAAUAUUUUCUCCUGUAUCGUGGAUGCUUUAACAAACAUAAACAUGAAACCCAGACCCCAAAUAAAAAAGUAUGGAUCACACAAAGAGUUGCUCCGUGCGGGUUUCAAACCCGCUAUACAUUGCACGGCAGCCGGUUGCCCAGCCACCAUGCCAACCGUGCAGUCCAAAUUCUUGCAACAUCACGCCUUAUAUCGUCGAAGGAGUAGGCAGCGGUGCACAUUACGACAGCCGCUUUACAAUAACUAUCUAAAUUCUAAGUCUUAUUCAUUUGUAAACAAAACCUAAAGAUGCAAGAAACAGACAUAUGUUUGCUAUUUUGUCAGUAGCAGAUGGUCAAACCAUGAGAGACUUGAAAUCCAGUCUUAAAUAAUACAUUUUCUUUAUAUUUGUGACAUAUUGUGAAGUUAAUCUAGCAUUAAGUAGCAUGGGUAGGUAUCUAAUGCCGAACUAUGUUUUAUAUAAAACGAUUUAUUGUUUAAAGAUGAAUAAAUCAAUAUUUUAUAGCUA